AUGACUGAAUCAACACCUGAAGUUCUCUGGGCUCAAAGAUCCAACAAGACCGAAGCCGAAAAGAAUUUCAUCUACUUAACCAUCAGCGUUCCAGAUGUCAAGGAACCAAAGAUCGAUCUCAAGUCCCAAUCUCUUACAUACUCCGGCUACUCCGAGUCUCUCAAGCGUGCAUAUGCAGUUACCUUGGAAUUCUACGAAGAGAUCGAUGAGAGUGCUUCCAAGUACAAUCACACCCAGAAAAACACUCAAUUCGUCUUGAGAAAGAAGGAAUUGAAGGAGGAGUUCUGGCCUAGAUUAUUGAAGGAUUCCAAGAAGGUUCAUUACUUGAAGACCGAUUUCGAUAAGUGGGUUGAUGAGGAUGAGCAAGAUGAGGCUCCUGAGGAGGAUUUGAGCCAGAUGGGUGGCAUGGGUGGAAUGCCAGGAAUGGGAGACAUGAUGGGAGGAGCCGGUGGAGAUUUCGGUGGUAUUGAUUUCUCGAAACUCGGAGGAGCUGGCAUGCCAGGAAUGGGUGGAAUGGGCGAUGAUGAUGAGGGCGAUGAUGAUGAGGAUGACGACGAUAUGCCAGCACUUGAAGGAGAGGAGGAAGCCUCCGAAGCGCCAGCUGCUAAGAUCACCGAGGUCGCUUAG